AUGUCUACCUCUGCAACUUCCCUAGCCCUUCCCUCUCUCCGAACCAAAACUCCACAAUGUUUCUCUUCACUCCCUUCGUUCUCACUCAACAAGGAUUUCAAACCGUUUUCAUCUGUCUCCCUUCGUAAAACGCUGUCUUUGAGUUACCGGUUCGUUUCCCGUGUUGCGGUUUCGUCGGAGUUUAAGCAGGAGGUGGAUACUUUUGAUGAUGGAGAUACAAGGAAUUACUCUGCCAACCAGCGGCUGUUUGUUGGGAACCUUCCGUUCAGUGUUGAUAGUGCUCAACUUGCAGAGAUUUUUGAAAGUGCCGGGAACGUUGAGAUGGUUGAGGUGAUUUAUGAUAAGACUACAGGUAGAAGCAGGGGAUUUGGGUUUGUUACUAUGUCUUCUGCUGCUGAAGUUCAAGCUGCUGUUCAGCAGUUCAAUGGUUAUCUAGUGGAGGGAAGGGAAUUGAGAGUGAAUUCUGGACCAGCUCCUCCACCUCGUGAGAAUUCUCGUUUUGGUGGUCCUCCAAGAGGUGGUUCAUAUAGCGAACACCGCGUUCACGUGGGUAAUCUUUCUUGGGGUGUUGACAACUUGGCACUUGAGUCAUUGUUCCAAGAACAAGGAAAGGUUAUAGAGGCAAGGGUAGUCUAUGAUAGGGAAAGUGGAAGAUCUAAAGGCUUUGGAUUUGUGACUUACGGUAGUGCUGAAGAGGUCAGCGGUGCUAUUGAAUUCUUAGAUGGCGCGGACUUGAAUGGCAGAGCUAUCCGGGUCUCACCUGCCGAAAGUAGACCAAAGCGUGACUUUUGA